CUGAAGGAAUUAAAUCCAUUCAGGCUGGAUUGGAACACAGAGGCCCUGCAAGUACAGGCUGAAAUGGAAAUAGACAAAGAUGCAUAGAUGUGUCUGAGGUCUUCAUUUAUCUCAUCACACCAUCAAACACUUAUCAUCAUGAUAAUGAAGAACAUCAUUCACAGUCACCUGCAUAGCACAGUUGAGUCACGUACACACGCACACACACACUUUCUCUCUCUCUCUAGCAUACAUGCACACCCAGUUGUUCUCAUGAAUACUGAGAUAAGUGUGCUUCGAUAUCAUCUUGUGUGUCUGACAGCUGCGCCUCACACAUGCACGCAGACACAAACAUACACACUCACACACAAACGCUUACCUCUGAGAAUGAAAUGGUGUUGUGUGGACGGGUGGGCCAUGGAGGGGACGCUGUUAAAGUAGACAAACAAAGGAGGUAAAGGAGGAGGAGCCAUGCUGGUCUCCGUCAACCCCCCAUCAUUCCUCCUCCUCCUCCUCCCCCUCCUCUUGCCAGCACCACUACUCCUUGCCCAGGACUCGUCUGUGCAGUGGGUAACCCUUCGCGGAGCCCCCCUUUCUCACCUGCUGCUGGAUGCGGAGGCGAGGCUUCUGUAUGUGGGCGGAGUGGACCACCUUCACCAGCUGAGCUUGGACCUGGAGCUGAUGUCCCACGUGAAGACAGGCCCUCAUCUCGACUCCCCCAACUGCCUACCCCCCAUCGCCCUCAAAGACUGUCCUUCCGCCCGGCCAACCCACAACCACAACAAGCUGCUGCUGUUGGAGCGGUCUCAGGGGACGGAACCAGGCAGCGUGAUUGCCUGCGGAUCGUUGUACCAGGGCAUCUGUGAAAAGAGGAGUUUGUCCAACAUUUCGCAGCUGUUGUACCAGUCCACUAACCCAGUCGACACGCAGUUCGUUGCUGCCAACGACCCCCACGUCUCCACGGUGGGCAUCGUGCUCUCCACUGGGAGUGGAGUCGGCGGAGAGCUGCGCUUCAUGCUGGUGGGGCGUGGUUUCACGGGGAUGGGUCUUGGUGAUAUCCCGCCCAUCACGGCACGUCGCCUCUACCCGGCAGUCCGUCCUCAGCGGGCCUUCGCUCAGGAGGAUGAGCUGGGCAAGCUGAUCAUUGGGAGCUAUUCAGAGUACGACAUCCACUUUGUCAAGGUGGUCGCUUUCAACGACCAUCUCUACUUCCUGUUCUCGAGACGAGACGUGCGCUACAAGAUGGAAUACCGCACGUAUGUCUCCCGCCUCUGCAUUUCCGACCGCAACUUCUACUCGUACGUGGAGGUGCCUCUGCUCUGCCAUGGUGGCUAUAACCUGGUCAGGGGGGCGUGGCUUGGGCUGCACUCAGGGAAACCCGCGCUUUUCCUCGUCAUGGCGGCUGGAUGGACAUCCACGUCCGUGGCCACGGACAACUCUGCGUUGUGCGUCUUUGGGAUGGUGGAGCUGGACGCCAUGAUGGAGCGAGUGCGGGAGUCGUGCUACACGAAAGGAGGGCGUGGUGUCAAAGGGCAGGAGGAGGCCUACGUGGUCUACACACUCUCAUCAAACUGCCUUACUCUCCCCCAGGUGUCCGUCUCGCAGUAUCCGUGCGGGUGGGAGCACACGCCGAGCCCCAUCGGCAGUGUCGAGCCACUGCCGGCCACGCCCACUUUCACUGCCACUACCCAGCUGACAGCCGUCGCCACGGCAACAGAGGCCGGCCACACAGUGGCUUUUGUGGGCGACCGCGUGGGACGACUGCACAAGGUGCUAGUUCGGUCUGACGGAUCUGGCGAAGUGUACGGGAGCGUGCUAGUGGACAGCGGAAGUGCGGUCAACGCUGACCUCCUACUUGACACCAAACAGCAGAAGCUUUUCAUUCUGACCAAUAGCAGGGUGUCUAAAGUUGCCAUGUCGUCAUGUGAGUGGAAUGCCGACUGCCAGUCCUGUCUGGCCACAAGGGACCUGUAUUGUGGCUGGUGUGUCCUGGAGGGAAGAUGCUCACGCAAACAUGAGUGUCAGCGCCACCUUCAUGCGAAUCACUGGAUCUGGAGCUUUGACUCGUCCACUCAGUGUGUGUCAGUGCAGAGUGUGCAGCCAGCCAAUCAGAGCAAAGAUGAGCAGACUCAGGUAACGCUGUCGCUGCUCCAGCUUCCAGUACUGACUGUGACUGAGUCACUUUCCUGCGUCUUUCAUCAUCUUCCUCCUCAGCCGGCCUUCAUCAACGGAACCAGCAUCAGCUGUCAAUCCCCUGAGCCAGCGCUCCUCCCACUUCUGCCCACAGGAAGCGAUCACGUGAUUGUGCCUGUAUCGCUGACAUUUGGCGAUGUGACCAUUAGCACGGCUAAUAUAACCUUCUAUGACUGUGGAGCUGUCAGCCGACUCAACCAGACCUCCCAGUGUCUUGCGUGUGUCGUCAGUGUGUGGAAGUGUAACUGGUGUCCUCUGGACCAGCAAUGUACGCACCACGACCAGUGUCCUAAUGAACACACAACCCUCACCCAGAAAGACUCUACUGGUCCAGGUCAGUGUCCUCAGGUGUUCGGCCUUCAGAGUUCUGCCUUGGUUCCGGUGGGCCUGACAAGUACUGUUGUUCUGAAGGCCCACAACUUGGACAUCUUCAAGGACAAGGCGCCUUAUGUGUGUGUGGUGGAGAUCGAGGGGGUCCUAGUCAACCUGACAGCCAUUGCCCAAAAAGCUCCCAACGACACAUACUCUUUCACCUGCAGCCCCCACCAGUUUCAAUAUGCCGUGAGUCGGCUUGUUUAUUCUGCACCGGUCUUUCUGAAGAGAGGAGCGAGACGCAUCGAUGCUUUACCUGGUCUUCAACUCCACUUGUACAACUGCUCAGCGGGCCGAUCGGAUUGCUCGCAGUGCCGUGCUGUGCCGAAGGAGUACGGCUGCGUGUGGUGCACAGAAAGCCCUGCCCCCAGCUGCGUUUAUAACCAGUCCUGCUCUGGCAUUCCCGCAGACAGCUGCCCACCUCCUCAGAUCACACAAGUGCGCCCCCUGUCUGGCCCUCUGGAGGGCGGAGUCUUGGUGACCAUCAGCGGCUCCAACCUGGGUAUGAGCUUCCAGGAUGUGGUGAGUGGAGUCACAGUGGCAGGUGUGCAGUGUCCUCCCCAACCAGAAGAAUACAAAAUAUCCACCAGGGUUGUGUGUAAACUGCAGGCCAGUGAGAAGAAGAGGACUGGGCCUGUCAUUGUUACCGUGGGAACAAGCCCACCAGGCAGGUCCAAGAGCAACUUCAGCUAUCAGGACCCACAGAUACUGGAUGUGCUUCCCGACAAAGGCCCACUUUCUGGAGGGAGCAGGUUGACAGUAAAAGGACGACAGCUCCUGACGGGCCAGAUAUCCCAGAUUAGCGUCUUCCUGGGAACAAAGCCCUGCUACAUAAUGGAGCCGGUCAGCGACACCCUGCUUGUGUGUCAGACUCUCUCCACCAAUCAGACGGGCAGAGUUCCAAUCCGGGUGUUGUUCAGCAAAGCGGAGCGUACUGUUCCAAACGUGACGUUCUGUUACGUGGACGACCCGGUCAUCACUGAAGCCAUGCCCACAGAGAGCUUCUACGCAGGGGGGCGUGUCAUUGUGGUGAAUGGCAGAAACCUAGAUGUGGUGCAACACCCAAUCAUGUCCGUGUGGGUGGAGCCUGUAGACGUCCAGAGGGUGAAACGCAGAAGACGAUUGGCUCUGCUCAGCGCCAAGCAGCAGUUGGUCUUCAACGGCACCAUGGCAACGGUGUCUGAGCACUGCACUGUCCUGUCUUCCUCUCAAAUGACCUGCUCAACCCCUUCAGUCCCCCCAGAGGUCAAAGUGAAGGGCGUCUGCUUUCAGAUGGACAAUGUCCGUGUCCAUUUCAAAAGUAUCAAGGGCAAGAGUUUCAGAUAUCAUCCCAACCCGCGCCUCUUUCCGCUAAACCGGGAGGCUCCUGAUGCUCCGUACCGCUUCAAGGCCGGCGGUGUGAUUGCUGUGGAGGGUGAGGACCUAACGCAAGCGAUGUCCAGACAGGAAGUGGCAGCUCGCCUUGGAGACCAGGACUGUGAGGUGAAGACACUGGACAGCACUCACCUGUACUGCGAGCCUCCUGAGGUCCAACCAAUGAGUGUGGAUGACAGCAGCCGGCUGCCCCGCCUCCAGGUGCUGAUGGGUAACCUGCAGGUGGACUUGGGAAUGGUGCAGUACGACACUGACUCUUUACUGCCUCCCAUCCCAUUGGCUGCCCAGAUUGGUUUGGGGGCGGGAGCUGCCUUCAUCAUCCUAUCAGUGCUCAUCAUCAUCCUCAUGUACCGGAGGAAGAGCAAGCAGGCACUCAGAGACUACAAGAAGGUUUUGUUGCAGUUGGAAACAUUGGAGAUCAACGUGGGCGAUCAAUGUCGGAAAGAGUUCACUGACCUGAUGACAGAAAUGAUGGAUUUAAGCAGUGACGUGGGAGGACCAGGCCUCCCCCUGCUAGACUAUCGCACUUACGCAGAGAGAGUUUUCUUCCCCGGCCACCAGGCAGCGCCACUGAGCCGCCACCUGGACCUGCCGGAGUCCAGGAGACACACGGUGGAGCAGGGGCUCCAGCAGCUCAACAACCUGCUCAACAACAGAUUCUUCCUUACGAGGUUCAUUCACACGCUGGAGGAGCAGCAGGGCUUUUCCCAGCGGGAUCGUGGCUACGUGGCCAGUCUCCUGACCAUGGUUCUGCAUGAUAAGCUGGAGUAUUUCACAGAGGUCAUGAAGUGUCUGCUGCAGGAUCUGGUCCAGCAAUAUGUCGCCAAGAAUCCCAAACUCAUGCUGCGAAGGACAGAGACGGUUGUUGAGAAGAUGUUGACCAACUGGAUGUCCAUCUGCCUCUACUCUUUCCUGAAGGAGGUGGCAGCCGAGCCGCUUUACAUGCUCUACAGAGCCAUAAAAUAUCAGGUUGACAAAGGUCCAGUGGACGCUGUGACGGGAAAAGCGAAGCGGACGCUCAACGACAGCCACCUGCUGCGAGAGGACGUCGAUUAUUGCGCUGUGACUCUGAAUGUGCUGCUGAAGAAUGGAGCUGAAGUUCAACCUUGUCCUGUCAAAGUACUCGACACUGACACCAUCACACAGGUGAAGGAUAAGAUCCUGGACCAGGUUUAUAGAGGAGUUCCAUUCUCUCAGAGACCAGCAGCAGGCAAUCUGGAUUUGGAGUGGCGUUCGGGUCAGGCGGGACACCUGACAUUGUCAGAUGACGAUGUCACAGCUGUGGUUCAAGGUCGCUGGAAACGACUCAACACACUACAGCAUUACAAGCUUCCAGAUGGAGCCACGGUCGCUCUCGUCCCACGUUCCCAGAGUUUGAGUGGUACUCGAGUCAAUCAGGUGUUCCAGACUGGAGAGAAAACACCAAUGCUGGAGAGUGAAGAAGAGGAGGGACUUCGAUUGUGGCAUCUGGUGAAAAGCAAUGAAGAUCCAGAGAUUCCCAAACACAGGAAGAGCAGCAUGAGGGAGCGAGAGAGAGCCAAGGCCAUACCUGAGAUUUACCUGACCAGACUACUGUCAAUGAAGGGGACUCUGCAGAAGUUUGUGGAUGACGUCUUUGUUGCCAUCCUGAGCACGAAGCGUCCUCCUCCCAUUGCUGUUAGGUUUUUUUUUGACUUCCUGGAUGACAUGGCGGAGAAACACGACAUUGAAGACCCAGAGACUGUCCACAUCUGGAAAACCAACAGUCUCCCCCUCAGGUUCUGGGUGAAUAUCCUGAAGAACCCCCAGUUUGUGUUGGAUGUCCAGGUGACUGACAGCAUCGAUGCCGUCCUAUCCGUCAUUGCUCAGACCUUUAUCGACUCGUGUACCACAUCAGAGCACAAAGUGGGCCGAGACUCUCCGGUCAACAAGUUGCUCUAUGCCCGGGAAAUCCCCCGAUACAAACAGCUGGUGGAGAGGUAUUACAGUGACAUCCACAGUGCUGCUUCAGGCUGUUACCAGGAGAUGAACUCCACUCUGACUGAACUGUCUGGGAGCUUUGCCUCUGAGAUGAACAGUCUUGUUGCACUUCAUGAACUCUACAAGUACAUCAACAAAUAUUAUGACCAGGUCAUAAUGUCGCUGGAGGAUGACAACUGUGGUCAGAAAAUGCAGUUGGCAUAUCGAUUGCAGCAGGUUGCCGCGCUGGUGGAGAACAAGGUCACUGACCUCUGAUGGACGCUCUCCCCUAGCCCCACCAGGCUGCAGGAAGAAGAAAAUAAAGAGCCAAUAGGAGACUUCCUGUUGAGAGACUCAAAACACUGAAGAGAAAGAGUGUGAGAAUGAGUGAGUGUAAAUUCAGACUCAGGAGACACUUGUGAUUGACGAAUGUAGUGCCUGAAAGACUACAGCUUGCACUAAAUAUCGCUAAGUUCCUUGCGACUGGUUAAAUAAAAGCACAAGAGAUGGCAUGUGUUGAACUGAGGCAUGUGCUGAAUCCAAUCAGUCAGUCAAUUAGCACUAUUCAAAAUGAUUGACAUAUUGAUCACACAAUCACAUGUCUACUAUCAGUAUUUCACUUCUUGACACAAAAUAACUCCGCGUCCAGCCCGGGUGGAGUGAAGCAGUGCUGUUAUCGCCAUAAAAAAAAGCUUUCCAUAUAAUUGACACGUGGAACAAAUGAGGAGGUGUUGCAUGUGCAAAAGGUCCACCUCCAGCUCAGACUACAAGAAAACAAAAUCUUGCUGAAGUCCGAUUUGCUGGGUGUUAGUCGCUUACGAACCUAAUUGUGUGUACAUACUGUAAACCAUAUUUAAGCCCUAUUUAUCCCAGCUGUGCCUUCACUCUUGCAGCUAGGUGGCGCUGUGAAAGCAGCAAUAUUUGAACAAAAACAAAGAGCUGUAAAAACAACAGUUGCAGAAUUUUACAAGUUGUUCUCAGAAUGCACAGUUUUUGUGUCAUGCGACUGAGCGAAUGCAGUUGGAUGCUAGUAGCCAAUAGCAAAUAUCUAAAAUAUCUCAAAUUCAAGUAAAUUAGCAUAUCAGCAUCUUUUAUGUAUUUUAUUGAUGCUAUAUCACAGUUUCAGCUGUGUGAUGCUACAAGCACAUACGAUCUUAAGCUAGAUAUUUGAACAACUUUGCUAAUAAACAUCCAUCCAUCCAUUUUCUGUACCGCUUAUCCUCACAAGGGUCGCGGGUGUGCUGGAGCAUAUCCCAGCUAUCUUGCAUGUUGUAAAAUUUUUAAUCUUUAUCUUUUACUAUCAACCAGCUGUACUGACUGAAGUCAAAUGUCCAGAAAAAGAAAAAAAAAGCAAUAAUAUUAAUAACAAUAGUGAUGAUGGUGAAGAUGAGCACACAGCUGUUUUUAAUGGGGAUCAUGUGGCCAUACCAGUGUUUUUACUCUGAGUUUUAAUGUACAUAUUAUUCUUGUCAUUACUAAUCUUUUUAUGAAAACAAAAGCUUCAGUCAACAUCACAAUAAUGGUGAUGAUUUAUGGUCAUGUUUUUAACGUGUGUCACUGCUUGUUUUCAGCUUGUCUUGUACUUUGAAUACUAUUGAUUUUGCAUGAGUGUGAUGUUGCUCAAGAUUUAUGGUGCAUAUUUUGGGUGACAAAGACAACUAUGAGGAUGAUGACAAUUCAUUUAAUGGGAGGAAGCUGCUGAUCUUUGAACAAUUUUUGAUGAGAUGAUUCUCUGCUCCAAUUGAUCGAGGUCUCUUUGUUACUGAUACAUUUUCUACAAGGGAUAAAACAGUGCAGGAUUAUUCAUUUCAAGUAUUAAUUUUUUACUGACCGUGUGACGGCAAUAUGCAGUGUGACGCUCUUUGUAUCAUGACAAAAACAUUAAAAGUCUAAUUUUUAACAUGCA